AGUUGCUGCGUCAUGUCUUCACUCUCCGAAAGGCAACCAAAAAUGGAUCAAAGAUGGAGUCUUCAAGGAAUGAAUGCUCUUGUAACUGGUGGAGGCAGUGGAAUUGGGCAUGCAAUAGUAGAGGAGCUAGCUGCACUUGGAGCUAAAAUCUAUGUAUGCGAUAUAUCUGGAAAACUCCUCAAUCAAAGUUUAAGUGAAUGGGAAAAGAAAGGGUUUCAAGUGAGCGGUUCAAUCUGUGAUGUAUCCUCUCAUUCCAAAAGGGAAACUCUGAUGCAAACCGUCUCAAAGAUGUUUGAUGGCAAGCUGAACAUUCUUGUGAACAACGUUGGCGUAGUUCUUACAAAGCCAACAAUCGAAUAUGUGGCAGAUGAUUUCUCCUUCCAUAUGACGACAAACUUGGAAUCUGCUUUUCAUCUUAGCCAACUUUCACAUCCUCUCCUUAAAGCUUCUAAAUUUGGAAGCAUCAUCUUUAUUUCCUCUGUUGGAGGGGUUGUAUCAAUGGAAUGUGGAUCCAUAUAUAGUUUAACGAAAGGAGCUUUGAAUCAACUAGCAAAAACUUUGGCAUGUGAAUGGGCAAGAGAUGGCAUAAGAACUAAUUCUGUUGCUCCUAAUUUUAUCCACACUGCUAUGGCUGAAUCAUUUUUUGAAGACGCCGGUUACGAGAAGAGUUUAGUUAGUAGAACUCCACUUGGUCGCGCUGGAGAGCCUAAAGAGGUUGCAUCACUUGUGGCUUUUCUGUGUCUACCUGCAGCGUCGUAUAUUACUGGACAGACCAUUUGUGUAGAUGGAGGUCUCACAGUCAAUGGUUUCUCCUAUAAGCCACUUGCUUGAGAGUUGAGCCGAGACUUAUGUGUUGGUAAUGCAGCGUAAAAGUCCAUUUACUUUAUGUGUUGGGUUUUGUUUUAUGUUUGUAUGAUUAUCCCUAAGUAGAUUCCUACUUUGGUUUUGCUUAGGUGUUUUAGUCAUUAGUUUGUUUUAUUUUUGUUUCCACCUUUGCUUUUUUGUCGUUAAUAAAAACCAAAAAGAGGAAACUCUUCAUUUGGUUCAUAUUAUUGUUGUUCUACUGUAUUCUGUUUCUUGUAAACUUUGCAAUUCAAUA